CAAAAAAAUACCAUUUGUUCAUACGACUUUUUUACCUCGUCUGUAUUAUUACAGCUGCAACCAACAUCCAGACUAUCAGCAGCACUUUCAUUACAAACCCAAGUAUUACUCCCCCCACCCAAAAAACAAUUAGUCCUAAUACAGUAACCACUACUGUGUUCAUGCCAGGGACUGAUAUGAUUUCAACAGAAAGUCUGAAUUAUAGUUACGUCAUGAAAACAACAUCAACAGAAAGUCAAGCUCAAUCUACUACUAAACAGGCUUCUGGCAUUACCACGACAUCAACUGCUACCACUGUUGCAACAAAUCAAGCAGUAAAUCCUAGCAUCGCAACAACUAACAUCUAUUCCAGAACAACAUUGACUCAUGGUAUGAUAAAGAGUUAUUGUAUCGUAAUGUCCACAAGAGCCAAGACUUUGAAAACUACUAAGAGAACCAGCACUAACAUGGCACUCACUACAAGCACAGCAGCCACUAUGACACCCACUAUCAUGACAAAAAGUGCAAACGCACCUACGACAACAGCCACAGCUAUAGUGUCAACUACCACCAGUGGUACUUGCAAGACCACAAUGGCACCCAGUGAGACCACAAUGGAACCCACAAUAACACCAAGCAAGACCACAAUGGCACACAGUGAGACCACAACGGCACCCAGCAUGACCGCAAUGGAACCCACAAUAACAUCAAGAAAGACCACAAUAGCACCCAGCAUGACAACAACAGCACCCACAAUGACACCAAGCGAGACCACAAUGGCACCCAACACGACCACAAUGGAACCCACAAUAACACCAAGCGAGACCAUAAUGGCUCCCAGUGAGACCACAAUGGCACCAACAGUGAAACCUACUGGCACGGACACUACUGCAACUUACGGUGGGCCCGUACCUUCACCAACAGAUCCAGAUUUGGAAGGAGGUGGAGGUAUGAAACAAAUUCUGAUUUCAACUGGCACUGCUGCGCUUGUGCUCGUGACUUUUGUAUUCAUCUGCAGCAUCAUUCUGUUUAAAAGGAAGGACAAGACAAAGAUGAAGUCACAGAGUAAGUAUCAGGAGUCAUCCUCCAAGAGAUUGGAGCGGUUAGAGAGACAUGAACUGAGGGAAAGGGGCUGGAGAGAUGAUGAUGACAGUGAUUAUACUUGGCCUUUGUUUACUGAUGAGAGUGAGUUUGACUUGACUGCAUGAGCAACUGAAUAGGUUGUGAUAAUGUUAAUACAGUUCCAGUGAGGAGUGACAUUCCAGUCAGUGAGUUUCCAGACUAUGUCAUUGAUAUGACAGCGGAAAACCAGCACAACACCUCCAAGUUAGCUAUUGAAUAUCAGCAACUCAGUAGUGUUCCUACAUUGUCCUACGAAGUGGCCUGUCUUCCCCAGAACAUAAACCUCAAUAGAUUCAGGAACAUUUACCCAUAUGAUGAUUCGAGAGUGCCUCUGAAGGAGAUACCAGGAGAACUGGGAUCCGAUUACAUCAAUGCCUCUUUUGUUUCAGGUUAUUGUGGAAAUAGAUACAUAGCAGCACAAGCUCCACUGAAUGAGACAAUUGAUCAUUUCUGGAGGAUGGUGUGGGAGUACGAGAUUGAAGCCAUUGUCAUGUUAACCAAAUGUGUGGAGAUGACAAGAGAGAAGAGUGCCCAGUACUGGCCUGAGUCACUGUGUGAGACCAUCACUCCUGGAGACAGACUCAGUGUCACUCUUUCUUCAUCCACACCUUAUGCCGAGUACUACGUCCGCAAACUCCUAGUCAAACAUCUGACAGAAUCCGACAAGUCAGUGACAGUGACUCAGUUCCACUACACAGCCUGGCCAGAUCACGGAGUUCCAGACAAUGUCAUGGCUGUCAUACGGUUCAUUUGUCAUGUCCGUAAACUGUUCCCUGCUGCCUCCCAAGACCAGCCACUGCUGGUACACUGCAGUGCAGGUGUGGGCCGCACCGGGACUUUCAUCACUCUGGAUAUGAUGAUGCAGCAGAUGAAGGCUGAGGCCACCCUCAGUGUCUGCCAGUGUGUCAGAAAUCUGAGAACACAACGUAUGAAGAUGGUGCAGACUCCGAUUCAGUAUGAGUUCAUUCACCAAGCUCUGAGUGAGCUGGUGGUGUGUGGAGAGACAGAGGUGACUGCCUCCAGUCUCAGGUCCUUCACUGAGUCUCUCAGGGACCCAGUCACUGACUCUGGACCCACUCUCUCACAACAACACCUGAAGGUGCUGGAAUAUCUAAGCAUGCAGCAAAGGUGUGACUUCACGGGAGCCAAGGCUGAGGCAAACAUCAGCAAAAACAGAUUCCCAGAUAAACUGCCAAGUGAAGUAUACAGAGUGUCACUGACAGGCAACUCUGGCUCUGAAUACAUCAAUGCAUCCUUCAUCAAUGGCUAUAAGCAGAGAGAUGCCUACAUAGCAACUCAGGGUCCACUGGAGGAAACAGUGGAGGACUUCUGGAGGAUGAUGUGGGAGUACCAGUGUGGCUGUAUCGUGAUGCUGUGUCAGCUGAAGGAAGAUGGCCAGGAGAGCAGCUACCCCUACUGGCCAGGUGAGGAGGGAGAGGAGAUGGUGUGUGGGAGACUCUCUGUCAGACUAGUCAAGGUCAGAGGUCAUGGUGACAUCGUGGAGAGGAGGAUGGAAGUCAAGGAGAACAAAUCAAUAUAUCCUGACAUACUCUGUGUCAAGAUGAUACAGCUAACGAGCUGGCCAUUAGAGGGGCUCCCCCACCUUACUGCCAUUAUGUCACUCAUUGAUAAGCUCAAUCAUGUUCUGAUGUCCACCUCCUCCAAACAGACUGUGGUCAUGUGCAGUGAUGGGGUAGUUCGGAGUGGGACAUUCCUGGUCAUCCACUCUCAGUUGGAACGUCUGAAGACAGAAGGUGUGGUGGAUGUCUUCCAGGCCAUCAAGUCUGCUCACAUACACAGACCUGGAGUCAUACCCAACACUGAUCACUAUGUCUUCUGUUAUGAAGUACUGGCUGACUUUGUGGAGAGGAUGGAAGCAUACCACAACUUCAAGACUCUUAUGUAGCUAGUGAACAUAGUUAACAUGAAUUUUAUUUCGGUAGAUAAUUAUGUCAAUGUCAUGUGCAAAACUUUAUAUGUAAGUAUAGCAGCAUAUCUGUAUUGAUAAAUUAUUCAUAAAUGGGAUGAUUGCCUUUGGAC